CUACACGGCCAGGCCACACUACCAUGUAAAAUUUAGGUAUGCCCAUGUGGCUCUCCAAAAUGCCGCGUUCGAUUUAGUGACUCCAGGUACGCUACAUGGCCAAAACCACACGGCCGUGUGGAAUUUAGGUAUGCCCGUGUGAACUCCCUGGGAAUUCCACACGGCCAAAAAGGGCCAUUUACACGGCCAGUGUGGCUUUCCCGCGCAAAGGGGUUCCACACGGCCAAGUCACAAGGUCGUGUGGAAUUUAGGUCUGCCCGUGUGGAAUUUCCAGCUUUUCGUCAAACGUCCCAACUUCGUCCAAUCGACCCCGAACUCGUGCCCAAACCUUCCUUCACGUACUAGGACCUGAAAUAUCACAAACAAGAACAACCUAGCGUGAAAUCGGCCUAAAACACGAGAGAUGAGACUCAAAUGGUAUAGAAAUGGUGGAUAAAAACAUGUGUAUAUAUCAAGUCAUCAGAGGCACAAGCGAAGGCGAGAAGGAAGUUGGCAUUCCUCCUAGGCGUCGGAUGAUUGGCUCGUCGCCAGAUCUGGAGGCGCCGAAGAACGAGGCAGAGAUGGAACCAUCGCAGCCGCGAAUAGUGCGAGGGACUUCUCGUCGGAGGAUCUAUUCGCCGAAGAAAACGCCACCGAUGAAGCAAACGUCGGAGGUGGACGAGUCGGAGGCGGGUCUUGCCGGCUACGACUGGUAGCUUGGAAUCUCUUAAGCUGACCAAGCCCUCUCAGAUAGACUACCCGGCAGAUUACUAGUCUUCACUGGGAUAGAACGCUGAGGCAACUAACACAAAACUUUACUAUUGGAAUGGAUUCCAGUACAAAGCAAUGAAUCGACUAACUCUCGCAUAAUCGAUUCACUACUACCGAUUGAAGAAGCUCUAACGACCUAAUUAGAUUCUAUCUAUCUUAGGUUGGAGCAUAAAUCAAUAAACGAUUAUCAGGCUUCAAUUGACUCAAUCAAAACACUUCAAUCGAUUAUAAUCAAGCAGUAUCACAAUCCAAACGUCAUUACAAUCGAUAUCCCUAACACAUGGAACUAGGGUUCUUCAUACCCAAUAGGUGUCAAUCGGGUGGGUUCGGGCUGGGUUCAAUCGGGUUGCGGGUUAGUCGGGUUACAGGUUCAUCAGGUUGUGGGCCAAUCGGGUUCGAAUUCAAACGGGUUGCGGGUUAGUCAGGUUCGGGUUCGGGAUCAAUCGGGUUGCAGGAAAAUUGGGUUGCGGGUUCAUCGGGUUUCGGGUCGGGCAGGUUGCGGACGGAUUGGGUUGCAGGUUGUUUGGUUCAGUGCUUCGAGUUACUUUGGGUUGAAUUUUCGCGUUGGGCAGGUUACGUGCGGGUGUAUCGGGAAUGGUAUUAUACCGAUUUUUUGAAGUGAACUUUGAAUUAAUACAUAUUUUUUUAUUAUUUAAAAACAAGUGGAAUUGUUCAUAUACAUUUUUAUAGAGAAAUUGUUGUUUUAGCUAGUUAGUUAUUGGUAUGAUUUAUUGUAUUACCAUAAACUAUAAAAUUUAGUAAAAUUGAUAUGACUUCAAUUGUAACUCUAUUCACUAACAUAUAAUCUAAACUAUGAAUAGUGAACCCAUAUACCCAUAUUUCAUUUAAUAAUCCGACGAUAUAGUCUCUACUCUAGACCCCUAAUAGUAUGAUUCAUGAACAUAUGUUAAUAAAAACUUGAUCCUUAUUAGUUAUGAUUUUGACUAAUCGUGGCUAAACCAUUAAUACCUUAUACCCUAAACAUAUAUCGUAUACGCUGACUCUAUAGUCUUUACCCAAAACCCUCAAUGGUUUGAUUCAUGAACAUAUAUGUUAAUAAAAAACUUUAUCCUUUUUAGGUAUCAAUUAAUGAUAUUGACUAACCGUGGCUAAACCAUUAAUACCUUAUACUCUGACUUUAUAGUCUAUACCCUAAACCCUUAACGGUUUGAUUCAUGAACAUACAUUUAUAAAAAAAAAUUGAUCCUUAUUAGUUAUUAGUUAUGACGUUGAUUUGUCUUGGCUAAACCAUUAAUACCUUAUACUCUAACCCAUUAAACCUAACCAUAUACCCUAUGGCCUAUACACCGACUCUAUAGUCUAUACCCUAAACCCCUAAUGGUCUAAUUCAUAAACAUAUGUUAAUAAAAAAAAAACUUGAUCCUUAUUAGUUAUGAUUUUGACUAAUUGUGACUAAAUCACUAAUACCUUAAAACCUAAACAUAUAUCUUAUACGCCGACUCUAUAGUCUUUACCUUAACCCUUAAUGGUUUGGUUCAUGAAUAUAUGUCAACAAAAUACUUUAUCCUUAUUAGGUAUUAGUUAAUGAUGUUGACUAAUCGUGCCUAAACCAUUAAUACCUUAUAGCCUACGUUGACUCUAUGGUCUAUACCCUAAACUCUUAAUGGUUUGAUUCAUGAACAUACGUUAAUAAAAAAACUUGAUCCUU